UAUCUUCAUAUCAACACAAUUUACUUUGUAUUCGCGUUGAUAACACACCUAUCAACUGUUUAGUGUAGAAACGCAAGUUUUGUUCCAAACACGUUCCAUACCAAUCGUGUUUGUUUUGUUUUUUGCUAAUUCCAAGAUGGCGUCUAGUACCAAAGCCAUUUUCAUAAUUGGCGCGAAAAGAACGCCAUUUUGCAGUCAUGGCGGACCUCUACGAGAGUUGCCAGCAUAUCAAGUAUUUGCAACCGCGGCCAAGGAAGCCAUACGUGCAGCCAAUUUAGAACCUUCGCUCAUUGACAAUACCGUUGUUGGAAACGUUAAUUUUUUAAGCCAGUGCGAUGGAGGCAAGACGCCGCGGUACUGUGGCAUAUACUCAGGAGUUCCUAUCAGUAGCCCAGCUCUGGGCGUCAGCAAGGCUUGCGGGACUGGGCUGCAAGCCAUCAUCAACAGUGCCGUGGACAUCAUAACAGGCAAUUCAAAGAUAACUCUAGCAGGAGGAACUGACUUAUUGUCCUCAAUGCCAAUGCUGGUGAGAAAUGUCCGAUUUGGUACAGCUUUGGGAACACCAUACAGGUUUGAAGACCACAUACAGAGGCAGAUUCCUGACGGGUAUACUGGACUGACGAUGCAGAAAAUGGUGGAAAGCUUGGCGAAAAAAUUUGGGGUUACCAGAGAAGAUGUUGAUGAGUUAGCUUUGCAGAGCCAUUUGAAGUGGAAAGCAGCUGAGGAAUCAAAAGCGUUUGAACAAGAGUUAGUAAGCCUGGAAGUAACUCUCAAAAAGAAGCAAAUACUGGUUGACAAAGAUCAAACACGACAGUCGUUAAAAAGUGAGGAUUUAAGUAAAUUGCCAACGUUAAUCGACAAUGGAACCAUUUUGACGACUGGAAACACUUCUGCCCCAGCAGAUGGCGCAGCAGCUCUUCUCCUAGCUCAUGAGGAAGCAGUUAGGGGGCACAGUCUUCAACCUCUAGCCAGGGUUGCAGGAUGGACCUGUGUAGGAGUGAACCCAGAAGAUGCGGGUUUGGGCGGAGUCCUGGCUAUUAGGAAGCUUCUAGACAGUCAGAAGCUAACUGUGGGAGAUGUAGAUCUGUUCGAGAUAAACGAGAACUUUGCGUCACAAGCUGUCAUUGCCACCCGAGAGCUGAAGAUAGACCAAAGUAAGGCGAACGUGAGCGGUGGAGCGCUGGCAAUGGGAGACCCGGUGUCGGCCACCGGCGCGAGGAUGGUUACACAUCUCGUCCAUGAACUUAGGCGUCGUAAUCUAAAAAGAGGUAUUGCUGCGUCCAGCUGUGGUGGAGGACAAGGCGUCGCUAUAUUAUUGGAGAAAAUAUAGUAUAAAUUUUAAUAACAGUGUUAAUAUAUCAUAAUAAUAGUUUUUUAUUGUAUAAGUCGUCAUGUUUUAUGUUAGACCACUUCUUGCAAAUAAAGAAGUCCUUUUUAAGCUGUUUACUGUAAAUGCUUUAAUUCAAAAUUGCGAUAUGUUAUGUAUUAUUUAAAAACAGAUUUGAUUUUUCUACAGUAUAUAUUUUCAGAUAGAUAUAAUAUUACAAGCAGUCACAUAAUACUAUAAAAUAAUGUAUUGACUGAACUGCUAAGAGGGGCAGUGCCGUUUUGCGCUCAAUUACAUUGUAAUAAUUAGAAAUACACAAUAAUUACAAUAAAUAAGCAACUUCAAGAUCUUCUACUAACAUCAAUAUGAUAUACUAAUUUUGUAUACUUAAAUAUUACAUUAUCAACUAUGAAUUAUUCUAAUCUACAAUAUGAAACAAGCAUAGAGUAAUUAUAAAAAUGGAAACCAUACAAAUCUCAUGGAAUUUUAACUUAAACAUAAAUCUAAAUAUUGUUUACUUAUGGUAUUCAGACUAUGUCAGGGUUUCACCUUUAGUUACCUGAAAACAAAUGAAAAAGGUAAAAAUAACAAAAAUUUGUUUUUUUUUUUUUAUGAAACGAGCCACUGGUGAUGGUGACCAGUGGAAAAAAUUGGUCCUCAUGAGUUUAGAAAUUAAAACAUUGUAAAAAAAUAUGUCUUUAAAAAAGAUAAUACUCAUGACAAGUUAUAGUUUGAGAGAUAUAUUGGCAAAAGUUAUGCCAUUGCAGUCUUUAAUACAAGAGAUUCAACUUUUCAUAUUACUGUAUUUUUCUUAAUAAAUUCAAUUUUCCCUAUUUCUUUUUUCCAUCUGGGUGUAAAUAAAUAAAAAUAAUUUAAAUGAAAAGUUGCCUUAUCACACACACAAUAAAAAAAUAAUUCAACUACAAAAAAUAAUGUACAAUUUGACUAUCAUAUUAUUACGGCUUAUAAUUUAAAUAAUUCUAUAUUUCUACAGGUUUUGAUCCAUCCACUAGUUUCAUCUCCUGGUUUUGUAUUCCAGGUUGGCAUUUCUGUUAAAAAUUUUGUUCCGUUCAAUUUAAAUGUACUGAUAAGUUCUUAUGUA